AGCUCGGCUUUUAGUGGCGUUUUGGCCAGCUUCGUUGACGGACGUGUGAAUGCAAUAAGCGACGCGCUCUGGCGCUGUAAUAAAGUGAAGCGAACUACGCGAAAAUAUAACGUACGAACGCGCCUUGUGGCAGCCAAAACACAAACACAAAAGUUACACUUGUUGAGUGCUUGAGCUCAGUGCAGUGAGUGAAAACGCGCGCAGAGAGAGUAGCGCUAUCGCAAGCGCAUGCGAAGCGUUUGAGCCAAUUAGUUAGUGAGCGCGCUGGCGUAACUCGCCUUGCUCAAGUUUUGAACUUUUGCUUCAGUUUUCAAAGUGUCACUGCGCGCGCAGCAAUAAGCAAAAGUGAUUGAUUGUAAAGAAACGAAACAUACAAAAAUAACAACAAGUUGCAUUGCAGUCACUGCGCUUACAUAAAUUUAAACUGUGUCGGUGUGUGUGCGAGCGUACGCGCGCGCAUAAGUCAAAAGCAUAAACGGAAACGCGCUAAACGCAUUGUACGCCAAUCUGGUUGUGUAUGAAAAACGAUAAAUUUGCGAAAAUUACGUGAAUUCGCUUUAUAGAUUUUUGCAUUUGGCUUUCUUUAUCGCGCGGCGCGUCGAGCGGGUAAUUAAACGCCUCGCGACUGGUGUUGCAAGUUGCGUGCUUGAAGCAGUUUACGUUGCAACGUUGUUGUUGUUUUCACUUUUCUUUUUCACCUAUCAUUUUAUGGGCGCAAUCGGCUUGGCUUUACGUUAUUUCCGUUGCACUUGAAAAGAGUUUUUAAUUUAAAAAUUCCCAAAACAAAGCGCCAGCAGCAAGCAAACGUGGAAAAGUAUUUAAAAUUGAAAGAAAAAGAAGUAUUUGAUUGCAAAAAUUACAAAAGAAAUUGAAUUUACGUUUUAACAAAACACACGGAAGUUAUCAUAAAAGUGUUGCAUUGCAUUAUAUUGCAAGAAAGCAGUGUUUGAAAUCGAAAAGUUUCGAAAUGUGGCUGAAUUGUUGGAUGCUUACGGUGUUGGCGGUUUCACUGCUUGCGGUAGUAGAGGGCUCGUGGGGUUCACCAGGUGAUGGACAAUAUCACAUACAGACAGAUGAAGGACCGGAGCGUUAUUUUCGCUUUCAAACGGAUAAUGGACAGUUUCGUAAGGAAAGGCGUCUGCAAGACGGUACCGUUGUGGGCACUGAAGCUUGGAUAGACGCAGCUGGAUUUCUACGCCAAAAGGACUAUAUUGCCGAUAAAGAUGGUUAUCGCAUACUGAAGUCGAAGACCGUAUUUGUGGGCUAUAACCGAGCUAUUGACGAUGCCAUCAAAUCGACGAAGUCGGUGCCAGCGCAGAAUGGCGUGCUGGUUAAUGGCCGCAAUGGACUGCGAGGACAAACGAGUAGUGUUAAUAUUGUGGACACAGCAAAACAAGUAGCUGUUGCGUAUACAACAACCACAACACCGUUGCCGCCCAUCAUUAGCGAACCCAUCGUGCCACACGAUCCAGCCUCAGAAGCUUACGAUGGCAAAUUAAACUAUCUUUCACCAGCUGAAGCGGCGAAUAUACAACCCCAAGGCAAGCUGGGUUUCGAUCACUACCCCGACGAGGUGCCACGCCUACUGCAGCGUCAACGCGAACGCAUACAGAAACCGAUAGUCGCGCCGUACGACACACCCGCCAGCAAUUCGCUGACAGAUCUUCAACAAGAAGUAGCGCAAGGUCUACGUGAGGGCAGUAUUAGUGGAGCGCUACCCUUGCCCGCACUUGAUAUGCAACCACCGUUGCUCGGCAGAGGCGGCACACGCCAACGUCUGCGUCCAAUUGCUGUCUACGACACAACACCAGCGCCGAUCGCGGCUGUGGAAGCUGCGGGUUACUCCACACCUUCCCCUUCACCGUUUGGUGCCGCUACAGGUGGUGAGAGCGCGCCUAACACCAAUGGUUACUACUACCAGCGUUCGUCCACACCAGCCACGCAUACAAAUGCUGCCACAACAAAUGCCUUAGAGAUCAAUCAGCUUGAAGACGGUUUACUGCCACCAUUGGCGCCGACGACACAUCGGCGACAGCGGCCGCCAGCUGCGAAUAGUUUAAGUGGCCACGCCGUGCCGUAUGACGGUGUCGGUGUGACAGCUAACGGUUUCCGUUAUUUCCUGCCACACCAAUACCACGAAGAAGAGCAAUUUGCGAAUGAGAAGCGUGCCGGCAGUUACGGCUAUGUGGAUCCAUUCGGUAUACGCCGUGUGGUCUACUAUAAUGCCUCGCCGGGAAGCGGUUUCGUGCAUAGAAACAACAAUCGUUAUGUGGGUCUGGGUGCGGCACCUUACGAUGCCGUUGUCUGAUGCGCCGAUGGGCAGGAGAAGUAGGCGUAAACGAAAUAUAAACAAUGUCAAAUAUAAGAGGAGCUCGCAAAUCCAACAUUUUUAAGUGCGGCUGAUAACUGUCUCACCAAAUAACUCAAGAACAUACCGAUCCAAAGCAGCGAGUAACUAGCCAAAGAGUGGAUAAUGGUGUAAUGUUUUAGCAAACUCAUAAAUAUAAAAUAGAAUUACAAGUAUUUGAAAUCGAAACUGCCGAGCACAAGUCAGCGUUACAUACUCGUUCGUGUUUUUGCUUGCAGUUCGCUAUACCCUGCCUGGCAUUGUUUGUAUUUUCAGCGAGUUCGCGCAUAUAUACUACAAUAUAUACAUCGUAUGUGUUUAUGUGUGAAAUUAUGCGUAUGUGUCUGUGUUAGUUUGAUAUAUUAUACAUACUUAUAUAAUUUAAUGAAAAUUAUAAAUUAAUUAAUUUAUAUAAUUUAAGUGUAACGAAUCGUAACGGCUUUGAGCUGAGUACUCGUUGCUGCGUAAAAUGACGUCGAACGAACGAGCUACAGUUAGUUUAACGAAAUCACAUUCAUGUAUUAAUCUUGCCAUAUAAACAAAAAAAAUUAAUUAUAUAAACAACAAGCGACUAACAUAUUUAAUAUUAUUUAAAAAAUAAUAAUAAAUUAUGAUAAUUAAAAAACGCAUUAAAAAAAUAA